UACACUGCUUGUGUGUGUGUGUGUGUCUGUGUGUGUUUGUCAGAGAAAGAAACCGAGGUUGUGUUUGUGUGUGUGUCCGACACAAAUUGUGUGCGUGUUAGGAUGAGUGUCACUAGGAGAAGCUUCGAGGUCAUCAGUGUGACAUCAGACUAUGCUGGGACACUGGCCGGCCAAUCUGGUUGCAGCUCUCAGGGAAACUCCUCCCAGCCAAGUAGCUCCUCCCUCCUCCGGAGCUCCUCACGCUUCAGGGUGAUCCGAUUGGCCACUGGGCGGGCGGAGCCCUAUUGCCGCGGGCGAUGGACCUGCAGGGACUUCCUGGAGAGUGAAGAGGGGGCGGGGCUUAGGAGGAUGAUGGAAAGCAUGAGACACGCCCACUCACUGGAGUCCCUGGACAUCAUCCGUCAGCUUCCUCUACGGAAAGGGGAGGGGCUUCAUGUUCUCGCCCAGAGACCAAUCAAAACGGAUAUGAGACCAUUCAGAGGCCUGCAGCCAAUCAGGCUGCCCCUCCUUGACUCUAUCCAGCCAAUAGAGGACUCCGCUCUGCCACCACGGCUACUCAGUAUCCCUGUUCUCCAAUUGGACACCAAUGCUCAGUCUGAGCGAGUGUGUCUCCACCGACCUGAAGAUGGUUUGUUCAACCCCAGCCAAACAGUGUCCAUACUCGACCACACCAUGUUCAGCAUUUCAGCGGAAACCAGGUAAAACACCAUCGUAUAUUAAAAACAAUAAGAAUAAAACUAGAGAUAAGUAUUCUUUCAUUUAAACAUGCUGUCCUAGCUGUCUCUGUUUUAUAUACAAUCUAAUUGACAGGUUAUGUUGUAUAAGUGUGUGUUGGUGUGUAUUAGUGUGUGUUGGUAUGUGUUAGUGUUUGUUCGGCGUUCAACUUCUACAAGUAAUACAAUAUGUAUUGUAGACUGACAAGCAGCCAGUGUUUGAGGGGUUGUCGUGGGAACAAGGAGGUUUUUGACACGAGAGUCACGUUUUUUUGCGAGUGGGAGCAACUCUCCUAUUGGCCGACCCAUGCGGCACAGGGAGAGUUGGAAUGUAUUUGGCCCAAUCACAAAAGAGGAAGUCAGCGUGUGGGAAGGCUCUGUGAUCGCUGCAUCUGACCUCUCAACCCAGCUAG